AUGAGCGAUCGUUUUCGGUCUAGGAAAAUCGGUCGUAAUCACAAUCAUGACGUGGAAGAUUUCCAAAUGAAAGUGCUGGUGGAGGACUAUUUGGACGUAGACAAUAAACAUAGAGGCAAACGAGAAGAGAGGAAAGCAUAUCGCAUACACUUCUACCGCGGAUUUGUGGCAUCGCGACUCUCCAGGUUGUCGCUCCUGGCAAUUCAUGUUGCUCUUUUCUUUGGAUUCCGUUUCAUAUUCAGAAAUGGAUACCUUGGCAAAUCCCCUCCGUCCCCCCGAAUGAUGUCACCACCAGACUCACAGCAUGAGCCGCCAAGGUGGACAACGCAGAAGUUUGAAGUCUCGGAAUCUUUGGUCAGUCUAGCAAGUGGACUACAGCAGAAGAUGAUAUCGAACGUUUGCUCUGAACGAAAAGUUGUCACUCCGCUGAGAAACGAAUCAUCAUAUAAACAAUCUGAUGGUCGUAUUCCUUGGACGAUAUGCAUGACAAUCAAUGCGGGGUUCUAUGACUUCUUCCAAAAUUGGUACGCUCAUUUUCAAAUUCUGGACUUGAAGAUGGACAUGGUGUUGUUUGCGGAGGACUCUGUAGCCUACGAUCGCCUUUCCAAUGCUCAAUUUCUGAACAGAGACUACACCAUGGUUGUGAAUGCCACCACCAGCACACCAAUUACUUCUCAGCAGGCCACAGAUGUGCAACCAGCCAAAAUAUCAUCCACUUCAACUGGUUCCUCCGCUGAAGAUUCAGCUUCUUCAGAUGAAGUCUUUGACGCUUAUUCUCAAAAGUACAAACAGCUCAUAUCCAAUCGCCCGACUAGGCUGUUGCAAGUCUUGUGUUCUGGGCGAAAUGUCUUGUACAUUGAUUCUGACACCUUUUUGAAAAAGAGUCCGUUGCCUUUCAUCAACAAGAAUUACAUGGAUGGUGUAGAUAUCAGUGUUGCCCUUGACCACGUAAAGAGGAAGAAAUAUGCGCAUGGCUUUGGGGUUUGUACUGGAUUUGUCGCCAUCAAGGCCAAUCCAAAGACGGUCCACUUUGUGUACGAGUGGGAGAGGCGAUGUCACGACAGCGACAGUGGAGGUGCCAUCAAUGAUCAGACGGCGUUCAAUCUAGCCUACGAAGCCUUUUGGUUGGAGCGACAAGAGUCUGGCAUGUCCAUCAUCAAACUCCAAGGCCUACCGGUCGAGUUAUUCCCAAAUGGCGAGCAAUACUUCAAAAAGUAUGAUGAAGGUCAACGAGAAGAUGUUGUCUUGGCUCACGCGAAUUGGAUUGUUGGAGGUAAGAACAAGAGACAAAAUCUUAUGAAGCAUGGCCUAUGGGACCCAGUGUCAUGA